AUGACAGUGAGGAGGGAUAGAGUCAGAGUGGGGCCCCUGAUGGAGCUGGAGGUCCAGUGUUACGGAGGCAUGGACUGCAACUGUGUGAGUGAUCUGCUGCUCACGCCCCCUGUCCCAGCACUCUGGACGCCAGGCUUUGCCUUCCCAGACUGGGCCUACAAGCCAGAGUCCAGCCCCGGCUCUCGCCAGAUCCAGCUGUGGCACUUCAUCCUGGAGCUGCUGCAGAAGGAGGAGUACCAGGGGGUGAUCGCCUGGCAGGGGGAGUACGGGGAGUUUGUGAUCAAAGACCCCGACGAGGUGGCGAAGCUGUGGGGCCAACGGAAAUGCAAACCCCACAUGAACUAUGACAAGCUGAGCCGAGCGCUGAGGUACUACUACAACAAGCGCAUUCUGCACAAAACCAAGGGCAAGCGCUUCACCUACAAGUUCAACUUCAGCAAGGUGGUGCUGGUGAACUAUCCCCUGUUCGACAUGGCCAGCUCCUCCUUCCUGCUGGCCCAGAACCACUUCAACAGCGGAUCAGCGGCACCAGACUGCAGUCCUGUCACCCCCGAGUUAGUUCCAUUGAAAUCAUUGUCUUAUACUGUGUGGCUUGGUGCACAUCUUAUAAAUAAUCUCCUUUUCUCUCUCUCUCUCUCUCCUCUCCAGGCCCUUCAGUCGCUGUUCCCUCGCCUGCCCGAGGCCAGCCGCGGCGGCUCUCUGUUUGACCGCACUGGAGGGGCCCCGGGACCCGAAGGGGACAAGCUGCGCCUGGACGCCUUCCCUUUCCUGGGCUCAGGUGUGGGAGCGAGGGAGAGGAGAGAGGCUCUUCUUGAGAGGGUAGUUCCAGCCUUGGCGGCAGGGGCCCCUUGUUACUCCAAACCUCCGUCCCUGUUGGGUCCUUACCCCCGUAACCCCCCCUUCGACUACCCGUGGGGCUUUAACCCCUACCUCCCAGGGGCCUUCUCACUCAACAACUGCCCUAAACUGCCCCCUGGCUCCCUCUACCCCUCCCACUUCUACCCUAACCCACUGCAGACCAGCCUGUCCCAGCUGCCCCACCCGUUCUCCUCCCUCUUGCCCCCGGGUGACACAGAGGCAGCAGACAGGGGCGGGGCCCAGUCCGGAGGGACCAAUGGCGUGGCGGGAGGGCAGCCCCCGAGACUGUGCAUCCCGCCCUACCCCGGGUCCCUUGGCCGAGCGGAGCUGGCGAGCGGAGGCGCCGCUCUGGGGGACAGGGAGCGAGGGGACCCCAUCGUGCCCGGAGCCGGAGGGGCCCUGGGGCUGGGGCUCGGGCUGGGGCUGGGGCUGGGGAUCGGAGGGAUCGGCCUGGGAGGGCUGGGUGGACGGCAGAGCCCCUCUGAGCGGCGCAUCGGCGGCGGCGUGAAGCAGGACCCGGAGUCCGACUCAGACCUGGAGAUCACGGACCUGAGCGACUGCAGCUCGGACAACGAGACGGACUUCGGCCUGGCCAAGGGCCCGCGGCUGGUCGUCCGCUCGCAGGGCCUCGGGGUGAAGGCCGGAGGGGUCGCCAGUGCCCUGCCACCCCUGUCCCCCCACCCCCUGAAGAGUCUGGUGCCCCUGACACCUCCACCGCCCUCCCUCCCUCCAACCCUGACCCCAGCACUGCCUCGCUCCCUCUCUCGCUCCCUCUCUCCCUCCCUCUCUCGCUCCCUCUCUCCCUCCCUCUCUCCCUCCCUCACGCUGGUGGACCACCACAGAGAGACAGAGACUCUCAAACUGGCUCAGAGUUAAUGGAUUGUCCUCACGACUCUUGACAUCUCCAACACCCCCUCCUCUCUUUCUCUGCUUUUCUCUUACCUUUCCCUCCCUCCCUCUCUUUCCUUUCUUACUUGCUUCCCUCUCAUUUAAAAACAUGAUCUUUGGUUGACGUAUCUGAUUCCAGUUUGCACUUUUGACUAUUUCUUCUGAGUUGCUUCCUCUCUCUCUCUGUGCAGUCUCGUCCUAUAUCUCUAUUUUUGCUUCACCUUAGCAUUUCUGUUUUUUUAUUUUUUUUCAAAGUGAUAAAUUCACCCCCCCCCCCCCCACCCCACCCAAAAAAACAACAAAACCAGAAUUGGAUGCUGUGGUACUCCCAUGCAUAAUGCAAAUGUAGCAAGCACUCAAAGCACCUUGAAAUAACCUAUAAAGUGAAGUGGUGAAGGUUCGAUUGAAGAGACAUUGCCUAACAUUUUAAACGCGCAUAACAUUUUAUGAAAUGCAACGAGCCAGCCAGCCAGCCAGCCAGCCAGCCAGCCAUGGGAACCAUUAGGAGUGGUCCUAUACCAUGUAGUUGCAUUGCACAUUGUACAGGAAUUCUCUUUACAACUCUCUUACUAACUCUCUGACUUGUUCAGUGGGUUACACAUAAUUUGGAUCAAAUCAACGGCUUAAGAAGCAGACAAAGUGCACCAACUGUCUUUGUGAAUGUAUGGGUUCCGAGCGCUGCUGUAAGGAGACAUACCUGGCUGUGUGCGGCGAGGAGACGCAAUAAAGGCAACAACAAAAGCAGUAUUAAAGUGGUAGUGCUACAUUGCUGCAAUAAGACAUCUGUAUGUAGUGUAUGUGUUUUUUUAUCAGGCAGUUUGGUGUUUUGAAACACUGUCAAACACUGCCACCUAGUGGCGUGUUAUAGUUCCUGUAAGGGAGUGAGGACAGGAACCAGGGUUGGGCCAGGAACCUUAUUAUUUCUCAUAUCCCUCAUUCUGAGAUGAUGUUUCUUUUCUUACAUUGUUUGUAAUCGAUUAAUUACAUUUAGACGUUUCAAGCUUUUAUUUAUCUUGACAUUUUGUCACGCACCGUUUUUUUUUCACGUCUACCUUGCAUUGUGUGUGAACCAGUCUGUGAGUAGUUUUGUCUUGAUAAUUGGCACAGAAAUGGGGAGAAAAAUAGAGAGUGUACAAGUAUCUAAGAAUUUGUAUCUAUAUUUCAAUGUAUAUAUUUUAAUAUUGUGUACAUUGCAUUUAAUUAUUAUGUCUAUUAUAUCAGAUAGGUGUAUUGAUGUGAGUUCUGUAUUUACAUGAAAAAACUAAUAUUUGGAGAACAAUAACUAUUGGUGUAUCAUGGAAUGAUGUAACAAAACAGCAGAGCAACUGUGCUCUGAUUUUUUUUAAAUUAUUCUUUCUAUUCAUUUAUUUAUUUAUAAUGCUGAAGACCGUGUUUGGACAGAGAAUAGUGGAAUAUUUUUUCCUCACCUCCUGCUAAUUGUGCCCCUUGGUCUUUUCUCCAGAUGCUCUGAGAGGAACUACUGAGUUGAAACACGCUGCCAGCUUCGUUUACUUUGCUUCCCGUCCCAUGGUGCUGUGCCGUAAUUAGUCAAAUGUGAAUAAUAUUGGUUGCUGCACAUCCAUUUUGAAAAAAAAAAAUGAUAAUAAAAAAAAAAAAUCAGUCAAUCCUUGUUUCUUCGAUAGCAGAUAGCAAAAGUGCAUCAGUACUUCACCAGUUUAAAGAACUGUAUAGUAUAGAAUGAUGCCAAGCACUGAGCACAAUAAGGGUGGAAUUUGUGAAGAGAAACAAUUCAGGAUCUGCACAUCACAUAUAAAAUGUAAUCCUCAUUGUGACUCAGGCCACGACCGGUAGACUGAGACUACAGACACCCAUCCCAUUCCCUAGGCGUUCUUUAUUGUACAGUAUUGAGACAUAAAUGUAAAUAUACUUUUCUUUGUGUAUUUGUGUGUGAACACAUCAGAAUAAUUUUACCAUGCAGUGAAAUUAUGAGUCUUCUGCCUUUUGUUUGUUUAAUUGUAAAGAUGAAAAAUGAAAAGGAACAUU